AUGGAAAGCAGAAGAGCUUUUAUACUACGAAAUGGAGGACUAGGAAGCUUUAAAAUUCAGAAUUAUGCUGCACUUCCAGCCCCCUUAUCCGAAGCGAGUAUAAAAGCUCGAUCUGGAGAUAAUACCUUCUUCAACCAUGAAAUAUAUCAGGACCUCCAGUCCUUCAGAGAAAAUGGCAGUAACAACGUCAUAAUAUCAAAAGAAGAACAGAAAAUAAUAAUCGACAACAAUACUUUGCUGAUCAAAGAAUUGGAUCCUGGAGGUAUAUGUAGCAAGAAUAAGAUUUUUAGUAGCAAAGUAAGGUUUGAAGCUGUCCCUGAAACGCCAGAGACAACCAUAGAGCGUAGGACGAAACAAAUUACCAUCUAUGAGGAAGGAAAGUGCAUGAGAAGGAAAGAAGUCUAUUUAUACCGUGCAUCGGCCAAAAUACCUAGGGAUGGGAUUUCUUCUGCAUCUAGGUUGGGAGUUUGGAUCUAG